AUGUAUAGAAAUAAUGAUAAUAAUAAUAUAAUGAAUAGUAAUAAUUUUUCAUCACAUAGUGAUAAUAUAACUUCACCAACAGAUUCAUCAAAUAAAUAUGACGAUGUUAAUAUAGGUAUUAAAGAUGGCGAUAAUGCUUCAAUACUAAAGCAAAUUACAUUAAGAUCGGUUAUUGCAGGUACAUUAAUUGGGGGUAUAAUGUGUUUUAGUAAUAUGUAUUUUGGUUUACAAACUGGUUGGGUUACUAUGGGUUCACUUCAAUCUACUUUAUUAGGGUUUUUAUUUUUCAAAUUAAUAGAAAAGCAUUUAAAGGUCAGAUUCAAUCACUUUGAAAAUGUUCUUUUACAAACAAUCGCUGUUGCAACCGCUACUAUGCCAUUAGCAGGUGGUUUUGUUGGUAUUAUUCCAGCAUUAAAUACUCUAUUUAAAGAUGAAAACGGUAGUGGCGAAUCAUUAGAGAAACCUUCUUAUUUCAGUUGGUGGGGCUUAAUUCUUUGGGCUUUUUCAUUAGCUUUCUUUGGUGUAUUCUUUGCUGUACCAUUACGUAGACAAACUAUUUUAGUUGAAAAAUUAAAAUUCCCUUCUGGUUCUGCAACUGCACAGAUGAUCAGAGUUUUACAUAAAUUAAAAAAUUCAGAAGUUCAUCAAGAAAUGUUAUCACAAGAAUAUGAAACAACUGGAUUGGUUAGAGGUGAAGAAAGCGACGAUAGAGAAGGUACAGAGUUUUUAGAUUUAAAUUCAAGAGAAAUUGAUGAUGACGAUGAUGAAGGCAAUAAUAAUGAUGACCAUGGAUUUUCAUAUGAAAGAAAUGAAAAGCAAAGAAAGAUUGCUGAUGAAUGGAAUAAAAAAGUUAAAGUUUUAUCAUAUUCAUUUUUAGCAUCAUUCACAUACACUUUAGCAAGUUAUUUUUUCCCAAUUUUACAAAGUAUACCAAUUUUUGGAGAUUAUGUUAAAACUACAUUCUUUUGGUCUUUAACACCAUCACUUAGUUAUGUUGGUCAAGGUAUGAUUAUGGGCACAAAAACAGGUGUCUCUGCAUUUAUUGGUGCCGUUAUUGGUUGGGGUAUUUUAGGUCCAAUUGCAAAAGCUGAAGGUUGGGCAGAGAGUGACAAGAAUCAAAGUUCAGCAUUAACUGGUGUAAAGGGUUGGAUUCUUUGGAUAUCUUUAUUCAUCAUGUUGUCUGAAUCAUUAGUGUCAUUAUUGGUUAUGGUAGUCCGUUUAAUUUUAAUGAAGACUGGUUUAAUUAAGAAUCAAGGUAAAUAUAGUGAUUCAAAUUCAACAGAUCCAGCUCCAGAGAAUCAACGUGUUCCAAACUCUUGGUGGAUUGGUGGUACAAUUAUUUCCGUUAUAGUUUGUGUUGCUAUAGUAUCACCAUUGUUUGGUAUCAAGGUAUAUGAAACUUUAAUUGCAGUCGUACUCUCUUUAUUAACUAGUAUUUUAGCAGUCAGAGCAUUGGGAGAAACUGACAUCAACCCAGUUAGUGGUAUUGGUAAAAUCUCACAAAUUAUUUUCGCAUUUGUAGCACCAAAGAAUGUUUUAUCAAAUUUAGUUGCAGGAGCUAUCGCAGAAGCAGGUUCACAACAAGCAGGUGAUAUGAUGCAGGAUUUAAAGACUGGUCAUCUCUUAAAAGCCUCACCAAGAAUUCAAUUUUAUGGUCAAUUAAUUGGUUCAUUCUUUUCAAUUUUCUUUGCAGUUGUAGCAUAUCAAUUAUAUUCAUACGCUUAUGAAAUUCCAUCACCACAAAUGCAGGCACCAACAGCAGGUAUUUGGUAUAAUAUGGCAAAAUUGGUUAAUGGUGGUGAAUUGGCCCAUAACGUACUACCAUUUUGUAUAGUUUUUGCAAUCUUAGUUUCAUUAAUUCCAAUUAUCGAAGCAGUUAAACCAGAAUAUGAACAUUAUUUACCAAGUGGUAUUGCUCUUGCAAUUGGUUUUUUCCAAACUCCAAAUUGGUCCAUCACAAGAUGUAUUGGUUCAUUUGUUCAAUACUAUUGGCAAAAGAAAAAUCCUCAUAGUUAUAGAGAAUAUAUGAUUAUUGUUGCUUCCGGCUUUGUUUUAGGUGAAGGUAUAACUUCAAUUUUAACAGCAAUAUUAAAGGUUAUUGGUGUACCUCAUUUAUAA